CACUUUCAUAAGGAAACCCGGAUCAUAUUCGAGCGUUAUUCUUCAGAUACAAUGAGUGAUUCGGAAUCAGACGCCGACUCGUCGUCUUGGGUUGAAGUUGAAACGGCGGAAGAGCGUCCCGUUUUGUGCCUCUUCUGUCCCGACGAAUUUUCUUGUUGUUCGACACUUUGGCACCAUGUUGCUGAAGAGCAUGGCUUCAACAUUCGUGAAAACGUCAAGUCUUUUGGACUUGAUGAAUUUGGCUACAUCAGAAUGAUCAACUACAUCCGGAAAUGUAAUCCAUCUUCCGGUGAAAAGCUGAGUCCAGAGGAUUGGAUUAGCGAUGAAUUCCUCGUUCCAGUGCUGACGGAUGACCCACUUCUUUCAUACGAUAUCGAAGACCCUGGUGAAGACAACGGUGGAGAAGGCGAUCAGAGAAUGGAUCCGAGUGCAGAAGAAGUAAUCCGUGGAAAGGACAUGCUUAUUGGGAAUCUUUUGCGCGACAUUGGUGUGAUGCGCACGACGUUUCAGUCAGUUGUGCUUGAAGGAGGCGACGAUUUACCUGGUGCCAAAAAAGAACGCGAACGAAGGUGCCAAGGCGCAUGGGAUGACGGCUACUUCAGUGCCUAUGGACAUCAUUCAAUUCAUCAGGAAAUGUUGCAAGAUAGGGUACGAACCGGCAGCUACAGAGACGCCAUUUUGAAAAACAAAGACCUGAUAGCUGGCAAAAAAGUCCUGGACCUGGGUUGCGGAACCGGCAUCCUUUCGAUGUUCUGCGUGCAGGCCGAUGCGGCUCAGGUUAUCGGAGUUGACAAUGCAGAGGUUAUCGUAAACACUUACGACAUUGUACGGGAGAACAACAUGGAGAAGCACAUCAAGUUGAUACGUGGAGCGAUCGAGGAUCUGGGCCACGAGGCAGUUCUCAAGGAUGUGGACGUGAUCGUAUCUGAAUGGAUGGGAUACUUUUUAUUGUUCGAGGGCAUGUUGAAAAGCGUCAUGUUCGCCCGUGAUAAUUACCUAAAGCCGGGAGGCCUCAUCUUGCCGAACAGGUGCGACUUAUACAUCGCGGCCGUGUCGGAUAGGCAGCAGUUCGACCGCAACGUCAAUAUGUGGGACGAUGUGUACGGCUUCAAGAUGACUUCCAUGAAAAACGACUAUCUGAAGGAGGUUUCCGUGGAAGUUGUGCGUUCGGAGAACGUGGUUGCCGAACCGAUCCUGCUCAAGUCGUUCGAUUUGAACACGUGCUCUCAGUCGGACUUGUGUGUGGAGACCAAGUUCGAGUUUGUGAUCAAUCGCAAAUGCGAACUGACGUGUUUGGCGGGGUAUUUCGAUGCGGUUUUUGAUCUUCCUGUUCCUGUGACUCUGGGAACCGGGCCAGCCAAUGAGCCGACACACUGGAAACAAGCAAUUUUUUACCUCCGUCAGCCGAUGCCUGUUGCCGAAGGGGAAAAGGUAUCAGGUGUGAUGAAAUUUUAUCCUCGGCCGGAGGACCGGCGAGCUUACGGAGUGUCAAUCCAGUUGCGGGACCUGGUGCUGAAGAAAGUCAUUCACUGAAAUACACCUCGCAGUGGAAUUUUCCGUUUUCCAUUUUUUCUUGGUGCUUUUUUUUUUUAAAGUAUUCCAUCCGCAUGAAGUGGUGUUUUGCUAGUAUCUCGAAAACUUUUUUUUUUUUGCGGGUUUCGAAACCGUAAUUUUGCCUGGCAUUUUAGAAUAGUUUUUCUCGAAAAUUUUGAUCUCAAUUGAAACGCUCGG